AUGCUUACAUGCACAAGGUUGGAGCAGCAGCAAGCUAAGAUUUCUACAGAGUUAAUCACAACUUCUUCACAUAGUCUUCGGGUGUAUGAAGGUGCAACAAAACACACUGGAUGCAAAUAUCCGCCUUCUGUGGUAUCACAACAAAGUCCUUCAGUGUUUCAUUCUACGGAGAAACCCCUUGAUAAUACUCCAACAUACCCACAGUAUGGUCAAGAAUCAUCUAUAAAUCUGCUAGUAUCAAAGGAUCGUCCUACAACGUCUGCUGGAAAUUUAUUAACUCCUUCGAAUCAACCACCACCAUAUCCACAGCAAAGACAAGGAUGGUCACCCACGAAUCAUCCAAUAUCGGAUGCUCACCCUACAGGGGUUGGAAGAAUCACAUUAAUACCUCCAAAUCCCCCACCACCAUAUCCGCUGCAAAGUCCAAAAUGGACGUCCAUAAAUCCACCAGUUUCAGAGACUGGUCCUACAGAGUUUGGUGGAUCAAUCUUGGCUCCUUCAAAUCCACCACCACCAUACUCAAUGCAUGUUCAAGGACAGAUAUCCAUUAAUGCUCCAGUAUCAGAGGCUGGUCCUACAAUGUCUGGUGACUCAGUGUUGGAUCCUUCAAAACGACCUCCACCAUACCCAGAAGGUCAAAUACUGUCAUCCAUGACUCCUCCUCUAUCAGAGGCUCGUUCUACAAUGUUUACUGAAUCAAUGUUGGCUCCAUCAAAACCACCCCCUCCUUAUCCUUAUGAGGGUCAAAGAUGGAUGUCCACGAAUCAGUCAGUAUCAAAGGCUCGUCCUGCAAUGUCUGGUGGAACAAUGUUUAUACCUUCAAAACCACCUCCUCCGUAUCCCCAUCAAGAUCAGAGAUGUGCAACCACGAAUUCUCCGGUAUCAGAGGCUGUUUCCACAAUGUUUGGUGGAACAACGUUUGUACCUUUCGAACAGCCUCCCCCAUACCCACAGCAUUGUCCAGGAUGGACAUCCCUGAAUGUGCCAGUAUCAGAGGACAAUCCUACAUUGUUUGGUGGUACAGUUUUAACCCAUUCAAAUCCUCUACCACCACCAUAUCCACAUCAGGGUCAAGGAUGGGAGCCAGUGAAUCGACAAGAAUCAGAAGCUCAACCUGCGGAGGUUGUUAUACCACAGCCUCCCCCGUAUCCAGAGCAUGCUCAAGGAUGGACAUCCUUGGACGUGAACGAAUCAGAGACUGAUAACAUAAUGUUUGGUGGUAUGAUGACAACUCCUUUAAAUCCACCCCCAUCAAAUCCACAGCAUCAAGGAUGGACAUCAGCAAGUCUGCCAGAGUCAGAAUCUCCACAAAUGGACUAUGAGCCAGGAAGCGAGUUUGAAAGAACACAGUCUUCAUUGAUGGCACCAUUCCAUGAUGAGCGAUUUCAAAUGCAAUAA